GGCAUCUGUUAGUUUCAUUAAUCGAUUUUGAACCGCUUGUGACUCGCUGAGAGCUUCUGACAACUGUAUUGGAAGAUAUAUCUUCAGAGGCGGCUGUUGCGUUUAAGGAAGGAUGUUCACUCGCUUCGGUGUAUCGGAAAAUAAACGCAUUCGGAAAAUGAGAUUUCAUACCCUGGUGUUCUAUAGAACGUGUGCUAAAGCAUAUAUCCAGUCGUAAUUCUAAAAUGGAUUUUUAAAAUGUGAUAUAUUUCUGUGAAACUACUACGAAUAUGUCUGGAUUAUCAGGUAUUGGAGUAUUUUGGGCAUUUUCUUCCAUUCUAAGUGCUAUUAUUUCGUGUAUUGGAUACUUCAUGCCACACUGGAUAACUGGACGGAUGACAUUUCAACAUCCGGGAAAGACCUCUCAAACAAUUCCCGUACAUUUCGGCAUUUUCCGUAGGUGUAAUUACCCGGCCAUAGGCGAUGACGGAAAAUUGACGAUAAUUUACGAAUGCGGACGAUACACUGAAUUCUCUGACAUUCCCAGUGUUUCGUGGCAACUAGCGACCUUGACUGUCGGGGUUGGGUGUUGCUUGUGUUUUCUAGUGGCGUUGACAGCAAUGUUUGGUGUUUGUGUGAAGGGUGUGGUCAUACCAACGGUCGCUAGAACAGCAGGAAUUAUACAAAUGUGUUCAGGUUUUCUGAUGGGUACCGGUACAGGUAUAUAUCCAAACGGCUGGGACAGCACGGAAGUGAAGCAGGCGUGUGGUAACACAUCAAAGUCUUAUAACCUGGGAGACUGCUCAUUAUCAUGGUGUUUCUACGUGACCUCAGUAGGUAUUGUGAUGACGUUCAUGUGUUCUGCUUUGUCAUUUCACGCGCCAAAACGGAAACAAAUACUUACUGGAUAUGCCUUAUAGCAUAAAAGUGUUACAAGAAAAGAGAAGCCGCUUAAUAAGGUUGAGAAUGAAAUAGAUACAGGUGGUUUUAUUAGAAUAAGUGUACUACUAGGUGAAAUAAAAUUGAUUCAAGGAUUUAAAAAAUACAUACUCCUUUCAUGUGUUGUUCGCUGGUGUGUCGUGCCACAAGAUAGUGCAUACAUGCACCUUUGUAUUUAGAGAGUGAUGUUUGGACGUUUGGAUACUUUAUCGAGCACGGAAACCACAUCAAGACCUGCAAAAGAAUGACAUUUGUUUUGAUUCAUCUAGUCACAAGAAGUAAUUUGCAAAUAGUGCCGUCAAAUUUGCACUGUGUUAAAUAUUAACUAGUUAGUGUCAGUGUUCAUUAUGCAUAGUGGUUUUAAGUGUGUUUGUGACAUUCGAAAACAUGCUAGGAAUGUAAAACAUACGAAACUAAACGUUGUUAGUGGGUACCCAUAAAUGAACAGCUUCAUGCUACAAACAUUUGAAUAAGUUUGUGGUAGGCUGUUGGCCAUGCUAUUUAAAAUUGUUACUUAUUGAAUGUGUGCGCAAGGUUCAAAUAGCUAUAUCAAACUUGUAUAUUUUUUAUAUAGAACUUUCUAUUUAUCAUAGAUAACUAGAUACAUAUUUUUAGACAAACUUAUAUCAUUUACAUACAUUGCCAUAUGUUGUGUACGUUAUUUCAUGCAAAAAUACAUUUGUUAACGCACACUAUAAUAGAUAAAAUUAAAAGAGUAGCUCAUUAAGAAACUCAGAAAUGGUAUUAAAAUUAAAGAAUUCACAAUCGCAGAAUAAUUCAAUGAAUUUGAUGCUUGUGUUUUGGCAUUGCGAAUACGAUUAUUAUUGGAAGCCACGCUACUGCUAUUGUUGUAGUCAACAAACAAACGUAAAGGUUCCGUAGAAAAUCUAAUAGUGUAUGUUAAAAUGAUACGCAUCAUAAACUGCAGACAAACUGUUAAAACAUUAAGUGUUGCUUCCCAAAACAGAAUAAUCUAACGUGCGUCUGCAUUAAAAAUGACUACAGUGAAAUACCAAAAACGACGGGAAGAGAGUAAUGGUAAAAUGUAUCGCAUCGUUAAAUGCAGAGAGACAUUAAAAAUCCUUUCGUGAUGUCUCCCAUAAACGAGUAAUAUAACGUAGGCAUGCAUUAAUAAUAACCACGCCGACAGACCCAGAAGAUUUAUGAAUUGACUCAUAGCGAUGGGAAACGAGUCAACUUAAAACAAUACCAAUAUUUGUUUUUGUUACGAGUAUUGUUUUCAUUAUUUGAAAGAGCGUUGAAAAACAGAGCAUUUAUUUGCUUAUUUACUGGCAUAAACUGACAUCUUGUGCAAAUUUGUUUAUCAUAUUGUGGAAUUUCUCUGGGUAAAGGUCAUAUUUAAAUGUUGGUUCCAGAACAAUAGCUUUUAAUAUGCGAAAUAAAUUGUUUUCAUAUCACGGAGGCCCAUGCGAAUUUAAAUGAGUUGAUUAAUACCAUUGAGGUACGGCAAUACUGCUUACAGUUGAUGAAGAGGUUCACUCCUCUGUAGGAUAGGAUUCCGUUAGGUAUCUCAUAAUGAUAUGCAAGUCACCUUAUAUGACAUUCACCUCACAUAUGAUACACAUUUAAACGAUAAGACACAAACUCACCAUAAACUAUAUGUGUUCCCAUGUUUUGCAACAUACAGAAUUAAGCCUUGUGAUAUACUUCCCUUUUGCAUAAUUCGGUUACAAUAAAUAAAUUAGCAAAAAUAUAGAUUAGCUUUGAAAAUAUUGAACAUUUCAUCGCAAGGAAUAAGUCGUUUGAUUAUGAAGUAUUUACAACGUCAGGCCCCAAUUUCUCGAAACUUCUUAAGCUUAUUUCAAUAAGCCAAAAUACAUAGUUAUAGUGUUUUUUAAUGCAAAAUGGUUUAUUGCGAUAAUCGUAACGAUAACUUGUAUCUAUAGUAUUAAAACCUUUAAAAAAGUAUAUACAGCGCAAAAUAUUGAAAGACAAAAAUAGAGGGUUUAGCUUAAUCCUGUUGUAUGAGACUUCAGAAAUUUCAGAAUUUUCGAGAAAUUGAGGCCCGAUGUGUUAAAAUGCUUAAAUAACUGUUAUAAACAAUGACCAUUAAGAAUGAUAAGAACACAAGGGUUAUACAUGUCAGUUAUUACGUCGUUCAAAAUAUUUUAAGUGCGAAGUAACUAUGAACUAAAACUGAAAAUGACGCUAUUGAUAUUGAAUUGCAAGAUCGUUCGUCUAGCGUAUUAAGGAAGUUUUCACAAAUCAUUGGAGUACAUUAAAAUAUACAAUGCCAUAGUCUAAAAAUAAUACAAUCCAGUGCAGUGCAAUACAAUACAAUUACGUGGCUGCAAUUUACAUAAAAACGAAAUUUAAAAUCAAUACAAUUUAUUGAAAUGCUAAACAACUAAAUAUAACACAUACUAAAAUAAAACAUAGACUUUAGGUUUCUUACAUGUAUUCAACGACAUGUUUUGAUCUUUAUAACAAAUGUUUCUAAAUUAAAGUAUAUGUGUAAUUAAAAUAUACAGAAAGGGAAUACUUAAUUUUGCUUAAUUCUCACGUAUUUAUCUUAAUUCAGACAGAAUUGAAAGGCUCGUGGAAUUUCAUGAUAAAUGAAGAUGAAAAUGAAAAUGAAAACAAAACAUAUUAGCUCAGUCUUCUCGGCAAGCAUAUCUAUAUGCACUGGUUAACAUGAAUGAAAUCUACUCAUGAGAAAGUCAAUUAUUGCUUUAUAGUUCAAUUCGUCAUUAAUUCUACAAUUAAUAAAAUCUCCUUGUAAGGAUCACUGACUUUACUUGUGUUAAUAAAUAUUCUGUUGAAAUCAUACAGUAUCGCAGUAUUCCUAAACCACUUUGGAUCCUUCUCAAUAAAAUCUGAUACUGAUGGCUGUUGCGCUAUAAAAAGUCGCCGCUACACCAAAUAAAGGUCAUUAAGGUUGUUGUUGUGGAAAACUCUUUUAUGACUGCUACGAACUUAAUAUUGAACCGAUGUUAAAAGGAAUUAGCGCUAUUUAAUGCCAUAGCAUGUAAGGAAAUUAAAAAUGUAAGACGAUGAGAAAGAGGGAAGAGAUAAGAGAUGAUGAUUGGUGUUCGAUGCUGUGGGUUACAAAGUCAAUUUCUUUAUGUGUUACCCACAGUUUAAAGAGGAACAGCGAACUGUGAUUUUGAGAUUCAUUCCGAAAACACAUCUUGUUAGUUUUACCAUUACGACAUGAAGUCAGAAAAAGAUACAACGGUUUAUAUGUAGUUGUAAAAUCAUAGCGACUAAAUAAAAUCGGCUGUCAAUAAAUAUCGGCGAAAAUGUUAAAUGCGUGUUUUAUCACUGAGAUUAAAGACGUUCUCAAUAAUGUUUUCCUGACUGAUGCUCAUCAGUAUGGAAACUGUUGAAAGAGUUAAUUGUAUUUACAGAAGUUGAAAUAAGAUUAAAUAAGAUGAUCGGGAAAUCUAAGGAAAUUAGUUGUGCUGUAUUUAUAUGAAUCAGAAAGAAAUCGUGUUUGAUAGAAACAGCUGGUGUCGAACAAAGAAUAGUGAACAGAUACAUCAACUUUUUAUUUAUAUUGAAGGCUACAGCAUUGAACGGAACUCUGUUAACCCCGCACAAUUAGCCAUGUGGUAUUUCCAUGUCAAUAUGGUAAAAAAAAAUUCCUCAAAUACACGUAAAACCGCAACUAUGGCCUAAAGUUAGCUUAAAGGUUCGUAGUGGAGAAAUGCACCCUCACUCGUACCAUGUUAAGAGUCUAUGUUUUCCGUUCCGGGAAAGUUGGUGCACGUCCGAAGUACGACCCUGUAACGUUUAAUUGUGGACCCGCCUCUGGCUGAUUUUUUUUUAUUCCAUCAUGGUACAUAUAUCCUUCAAUAACAACCCAUUGUAAAGACUACUUAUUCAGCAUUGUUGAUAUAUCGGAGGCUUAUUAUAGUAAUAAACUAUUUUCUCUGAGCCGAAACUAGCCGAGUAUAUUAUAUGUCGUCUAAUCAAAUUAAUGCAAGAAACAAAGGCAUUGUUUUAAAGUAAUCAUUUCUAGGAUAACUAAAGUCAUCAAUACGAAGCUCUGAUCAAGUAACAGAACAUCAAAACUGUCUUGAAACGAUUUCAGCGCUAUUCACCCGCCAUUUACGUGAAGGUUAACAUUUUGUACCUUCAGUCAUUAUUCCCACGGAGCACUUAUUCAAUAAUUUAAAGUACUAAUAAAAAAUGUUACCGACAUAAUAAAACUCAUCUCAACUUCAAUCACGGAGAUUAUUCCAUUGAGACUUGUACGAAUUUUGUAUGCUGAUAUUGAGUUUGUAAUUAGAUUAAAAAUCGGCAGUACAAUAUUUACAUAUUAUGAUAUUACCUGUUGAGAUCUUCAUACGAUAUAUGUGGAAGAUAUAUGUGGAAAAAUAGGAAACUGUUUCCUGCCGACAAUACGUAGUAAUACAUUCAUACAACCAAAGGGCCGGCAAUAUUAAAAUAUUUUAUUUACAUGUACAAACUUAUACAUUUUUAGUUAUAGUGUUUUUUUGAGUGUAUUGACAAAAGUAAUAUUAUAAUCGUUAAAUGGAGCAUUCGUAGAUGAUUUGUUGGAAAUCUAAGUAAACAUCAAAUACUUUGAUAAAUAGAAUACUAGAUUAUUGUUGUUAGUAGAUCAAGUUCAUUUUGCUCAGCAGGAAAAUAAAACAGCACUCACCAAAGCUCGUGUUUUGUUCUUUUCUAAGAAGCUAUAAUCAACACCAAUCAGUCCGCUAAUAGGGCCUACGUUAAAUGAAGUCAAGAUAUUACCUACAACACCUAUGUUGAAAUAUAAGACAUGAAAUUUAAAUUAAGAAAGCAAAUUUGAAUUUGAAUUAUAAAAUUUGACUUGCAAAUUCGUUUUAGAAAGAUAUGGACUGACAAACUACGAGUAAACUGUUUAAUUUUAAACAAUAACUCGAAAAAAAUACAAACGUAUGCAAAUCUAGGUUGUGCACACAAACUAGUUUAAACCCCUGAAAAAAAUACAUUUUCCAUACCGUUCCAAGGCGGUUCCUAAUAAUCCUUGAUAAUUACCCCUCCGUUUUAGUAUUUAAUUCUGUAGUGUUAUGUGUGUGGAGUUUAUUGUCGUCGUUCUGUGUUUCUGGUUUGUGAAUGUCUGUUUUUAUAUGUUCUUUGUCGUUAGUGUUGACCCUGGGCUGUUGAACGUGGUUUAUGUUUAUUGUUUUCGACUUCUAGCCUUGUUUUUGUAGGUUUUUUUAUAUUAAUAUUUCAUAACCCUAUGUGAAUAGUUAAACUUGCAUAGCUGUAUAACAGUUUAGAAGCAAUGAGGUAAUUUACAAUCGCAGAAUAAUUUAAUAACUUCCAUCCUUGUGUUGCGGCUUGGAGAAAAUGAUUAUUCAUGGAAGCCACUCUACAAAUAUUGUUUUAGGUAUUUUAUCAACUUUCAGAAUCCGUAGAAAGUCUAGUAGUUUAUGGUCAAAUGACACGCACCAUUAAAUCCAAAGAACAUUGUUAAAUCCUUUCGUAUUUGCCUCUCAUAAAAGAAGAAUCAAACGUGCGAAUGCAUUAAUAUUGACAACAGUGAAAGACCCCGAAGAUGCAUUGACAUUGCUACCGAAUUGACUCGUAUGGAAAGGAUGAGGAGAAAGUCAGCCUGAGUAAAACUAUAUCAAUAUUUGGUGUUUUAACGAGUAUGUCUUUAUUAUGUUGAAAUAUCGUUUGAAACCCCCCACCCCCAGAUUGUUUAAGCAAAUUCAACAGCGUAAGAAUAUGUAAACUGAUUCAUCAACUUGUGGACUUUAUAUCAAAAUGGCUUUUCAAGAACAUAAAUCUUUACUCUGUAGAAUAUAUGAUUCCCUUUCAACGCAUACCCAUGAGGUUAUCAAUGGGCCGUCUAAUGGCAUUAACCGCGAAAACACUGCUAUUUUUUUCGGCGAUACUUUUUCAGGAUGGAUUAUUUGACUGCUCUUAUUAAUUUACAUUGAAUGAAUGAUAUAUUUUAGUAAUGAUAUUGUAUAAAUCACUUGAAUUAAUAUAGCAAAUUUGAAAAAUACGGAAAUGUUAGGAUGCAAAGGUAUCCAUUACUGUUUUUGCUCAACUUUAUAUUAAAACUUCGAAAUUGUAUUGAAAUUGUUAUGGAAAUUUAAGGUAAGAGUUUUAUUAAAAUUUGGAAAAUUAAAAUGCAAUUUGGAUGUUAUUAUUUUGUUAUAUUUGAAUUGUUCUUCAUCACUUGAGCUGCAAGUUAUAUAUCAAUAGUACUAACAAACCAAAGUCUAAUUCUUCAUCGAUAAAUAAUAGAUGUUGCAAAUAAUCUGUUUAAGCUGCAUCGUGUAUCUUACAUAGCCAUCAAAAUUGAUCACGGUAAUUUCUUAUGAACCAAUGUUUGUUGUACUUUGUGACGGUUUUGAUAGAUCUUGUUCACAACUUAAAGAAGUCAAAUACAAAUACUGCCAGUUGAAUAAAUAUUGAUGUGAUAACAUGUUGGCUUUCGAUUAUAUGUUAAGUUGGUAUACUCAUAUUUCACCGGGUGACUUAAUGGAUGAAUUUAAUGAGCCGUAGUCGACGCCUGAUUACUUUUAACGAUGUACGCCAUUUUAAGCGAACUAAAUAACAACAUAUCAAAAGGAAGGAUUUUACGCAGAAACGCUUUGUAAGUAUUGUUUUUAUUAUGAACUUCAUUUAACUUUAUCUGACAAUUCGAGUUGAAACACACACUUUGUCUGCGAAUAAUCUUCUUUUUUAAUUCCGUUAUAUGAAGCACAUCCUGAGCAAAUAUCCAAAAUGUUUCCACCAACGAAAAAUCGAAAUAAGAAUAAUGUAAUUCUUAAACAAUAGCAUUUUAAAACGAACGUAAAUAUGUUUUUGAAAAAAAAGGGAUAAAAGAUGUUUGCAUAUAAUUAAAAUGCUUUUAAAUGUAGUAUUCAAUAUACAUCUUUAGUUCAACUCCGCUUAUCGCGAAGUGUAUUGGAUUAUAUAUUCAGUCUGAUAAUAUCAUUUUAUUUGUAAUCAGUCAUUAGAUAUUAUUAGGUCUUAAAGUUUAAGUUAUUGUUAGAAUACGCCGUCAGCAUUUUUUUUCUUAUUUUCUCCAGGUGCUCUAGUUACUGAAUAUGAGUUUCAUUUUAAGGUUGUUGGAUUUAAAUGUAUUACUGAUUUUCUGUCACCGUUUGGUGGUAUGAAUGUAAAACGUGCAUAUGCAUAAUGUUGAUACAUUUGUCCUUAACUAUUCUGUUUUUAUGUCUUUAAACUUGUUCAAUUCUUUAAUAUCUUGUUCAAGGUAUAAAUUUUGUCAAGUUUGUUUACUUUGACUUUAAAGUAAGUUGUUUUAUAUUUUACAAUGUCUUGUUGAUAUAUGAACCAAAGAAUACCAGAACAGAACAAAAUUGGUUUACUUAAUUAAAUUGUACUAUAUUACAUUCUUAUGUUAUCUUUUAAUUGUAAAUGUUUACAAGU